UCCCUUCUUUGGAGGUCUUUAAGCAGAGGCUUGACAGGCAUAUGUCAAGAAUGCUUUGAUGGUGUUUCCUGCUUGGCAGGGGGUUGGACUGGAUGGCCCUUGUGGUCUCUUCCAACUCUAUGAUUCUAUAUCUUAUUAUGUCCCAAACACACUCAGAUGGCACCAACACCCCUACAACCAUACACAGAGCAAGGAACAACCAUAUAUGCUGAAGGAAGAUAUAUUGCAAGCAUAGAAGGAGAUACAGAGAAAAAUAGCAGAGCAGUUCAGAGCAGCAAUGGUAUACCCCCUUUCUGACACUCCCUAAAACAGCCCCAUCAAGCUCUACCAUGAACAGCAGGCAACUCCUCCACUGCUGGAUUUAGGGUGAUCUGGGCAGUUCCCCCCCCCAAAAAAAAGGUUGCAGAGCUAAAGGGGUACAAAAUUGAGAAGAUCCAUAAUUGAGCAGCAUUUCCUAACACUGCAAAAGGCCACUCAAGGUUUGGGGAAUGACUCCAGAGAGCUUUGUCCCAAGAUGUAAUUAUCUCUUGCAUAUUUUGUGGUUACACUGACACCCUCCCAAGCCUGGCCACGCCUCCUAAAAGUGCACCAUAAAUAGCCGGGGGUGAGGCCCACAAGGCCACCCAGGAACCAGGAUUGAAACCAUGUGUGACCAGCAGAAGCAGGAACCCUCCAACUCUGCUGGUACAGUAUAGUGUGCUUUAGUGUACUCGAGUGUGCCUCUUUUUUAAUACUGGUCAUUUGCAAGACGCCAAGUUAAGGGAGCAAGACCAACUGCUUCUCAUGCUCGUCUUGUGGUGAAUUGGUUCAUUCUGUAAGCGGAAAUGCCGGAACAGGGUGGUUGGGUAGCGGAGUGCAGAAACUGGGACCGUUGGUAAGCCUAUUUUAAACAAAAGAGAGACCAGCUGUUGUUUUGAGAUUUGAGAUAAUGCUCCGCUCAAAUGGGGUUGCUGGCUGCAGCUCUUAUCGAGGAAUUGAGUCUUGGCUUUCUUUUGAAGAAUGAAGCAUUUGGAAUAUCUGUAUCCCCUGCUAUGGGCAUAAUUUAAAAAUGCGUCAGGGUUUCUUGUCACUCUGCUUAUGUGUUACUCUUUCCUCCCCUUUGCACGUAGCAAGAGGAAGGAGCUUGAGCUGUCAUUUUAGGGAACUUUAGUUUCAGCGUCCAAAGUUGCGACAUGAAUUGCAACAUGCAAAAGAGCUGCUGGAAAUCCUGGGGGACAACCACAGAAUGAAUUCGUGUCUAGCAAUCAUGUACAUUCCCACCCAGUGGUUGUCAAGGGAUCUAUAAAAAGGGAUCAGCCACACUGGUCAAGCAGAGCUACCAGGUAAUGCCUGAUUUAGAAUGGAGUCUCACAAAUACCCUGGGAGUCAUAUCCUCUUCUUCCUCCUUUCUUUUCUCUGUCCAGAUGGGGAGAAGAAGGUCUUUGCCCGGGCAGCCGUCUUCAGGUCCAGAAUCUGGGAUGUCAACCAGAAGUCCCUCUACCUCCAGAACAAUGAGCUGGUAGCUGGAUACCUGCAAGGCCCCGAUUCUGCCCUGGAAGAGAAGAUCUACUGGAUUCACAACCGGGCCUUUGACCACGAGAAGGUCUCCAUCAUCUUGAGCAUUCAGGAUGGGAAGAGGUGCCUGGCCUGCUCCUCCGGCACCUGGCCUGCGCUGCGGCUUGAGAGCGUCAACAUCACAGAUCUGCCCAAAGGUGGCAGGAAGGAGUCCAGCCGUUUCACGUUCUUCUCCUCUAACAAAGACGGGGCUUGGCGGUUUGAGUCGGCUGCCCAUCCCGGCUGGUUCCUGUGCACCUCUUCCAGAGCCAACGAACCUCUUGGCCUCACGCAGCUCCCGGGACCUUCUCAUGUGGUGGACUUUUAUUUCCAGCCCUGCUGAGCCUUGAGGGGCACCCCCUGCCCCCGGACCUGCCCAGGUGCCUGGCACAGCCACACCGAGGGCUCCUAAGGCUCCUGGGAGGAUUUCCAAGCUGCUGUUCUCCUUUUUUCCUCCUCUCUCAGCCACCCUAGUCCUCCCACCCUCAUCAAAAGUGGAAGUUUUCGGAUGGAGCAGCUGUAAAGGUGGCCAAGCGUGGAGAGCCCCCCAGACAUCCCUCUCAGCCUUCAAGGGGUCCUCUCCAGGCAGGUCAUUAAGGGCAAACAAGUAGCUUCACAAGAUCCAGCACUUCUUAUCCGGACAGAUGCCCCAGGGACUCUCUCGGAGGGCUGUGUGUGAAUAGCCCCCCUUCCCCCAGCUGAUUGUCUCCAGCACCAAUCGUGCCACCCCUGAACAUGCAGCUUCCCUUCUGAAGCCACACUGUGCCACUGUGGGAUGGCUGAGAUCUCCAGUGAGAAGCCAGUGCGGAGGGGAUGGGGGGGGGGAUGUCUCCAGCAGCUUUCUUAGCUGCUGCUUUUCUGCCUUCAAAUUCCCCUCCCCAGAAAUCUUCUGGACUCAUGAGGAGAAAAGAUAUGGGACAUCAGGGCUUGAACAUAUUUGUUUCGAAAGAAAUUAGCAGAACGUGAAGAACUCAGUUAAAAUGAAGGGCGGGGCUUCUGCUGGGCUUGUGACUCCCCCCCCCCCAGCAGCGUUUGGGCAGGCAGAUCACCUACAGAAACAGCCCUGAGCAGAUUCUGCAUGUCUUUUAAGAUGCCAAAAGAUGCUGCCUCUAGAAAUUUUGCUCUCGUUUUUAUGAUGUUUAAUGUGUUUAUAUAUAAUCUUGCAUGUGUGUGUUUUGAACUGCCCUGAGAUCUACAAUAUGAAGGGUGCUGUACAAAUUUUUAUUAAUAAUUAAAUAAAUAUAA